AUGCAAGUUAAAGACGAUGAAGAGGAUCCCUCGUCUCGAUCGACGUCGGGGUCGGAUACCGACGACGACUCCAACUCGACUGAAGAGCCAAAGCCGUCGACCCCAAUUUGGAAGCGUGUAUGGCAAUGGCUAGGUCUCGAUUUAGAAACCGUGAAAAUGAUGGCAAAGGGUGCCCUGCCACCGGUGAUUGCCGCGGCAAUGAAUCAGUCAAAGUCGAUCGCACAUAUCUAUACAAGCCUCGGAUAUCUGGUCUCCAUUAUGGCCUUCUUCUCUUUCGCAACCCAACCCAGAGCACGCUUCGUCCAGACUAUGACCUUGAAUGUUUUAGGGGUCUGCCUUUCUGCAGCUGUCAUGCUACUGUCUAUCUACUGUGCAGUCAAAUCCAGGGAACAUUCAGAGAGCACGGCACAACAUAAUGCGCCGAACACUAAAGUCAAAGCCAAUUACAGUGGCUCGGCUAGCGCCAUAAUUGCAGUCUGGCUCUGCGUGUCCAUCUACCUCAUCAACGUGGGACGAGCGUUGCGUCCACAAUAUUCGGUUACUGGCACUAUUUUGAGCUUUUUUGUAAUUGUAGCUUCGAUCAACGCCACGCAAAUAGUGAAUAUGUCCCAGGGCGAGAUCUUGAUCAAACACUUGAUUGGGGCCUUCCUUAUGGGGUUUGCUGUCGCAGUCGGUGUUUCGUUUUUCAUAUUCCCCCGAAGUCAUCGGAAGCUAUGCUUUAAGCUGACGGACGACUUUGUCAGCAAGCUCAAGGAUUCCCUGAAAGCUCAGGGGGCAUAUAUGCGACGGAUGCGACGCAAAAAUUUGGUUUUUACGUGUGUGCAAGAGACUAAUGUCUCUACGGCGAGGAUGAGUCCGAAAGAAAUCAGAACCACAAACUCGCCGGAAGCGCAACGGUUGAAGCUCAGCACCGCAGGUCUCUCGGCAACCUUCGGGCGCAUGCACACUGAACUGGAAUAUGCAAAGACAGAGUUUGCUGUUGGUCACCUCGACGUGUACGACAUCAAAAAGAUUCGCGAAUUGCUCCAAUCUAUUCUGCUACCCAUGAAUGGAAUGUCCACGUUGGUUAACAUAUUGAAAGAAGUGGCUGUCAGAGCAGUUGGCGCGGAAGAUGACGAUGAUCCGGAGGGUCUGUCUUUUGACGACCUGCAAGCAGAGCGUAUUGCAUGGGCGAAUGUGAUGGAUUCGCUCGUAAGUUCCUUCGACUCUCUAUCAGAGACUUUGGAAAAUGCGCUGGAUCAUGUAUACAUUCAAUUGCGGUUUGGUCGGAGGAGAAAACGGGCAGAAGACGCAGAAAAUGGAACGCCACGAUCAGGUGAUGGCGAUUUUGCAGCUUUUUUGAGUCAGAAGAUUGCCGAGUUCGACUCGUCCCGCGCCACUACCUUACAAGGUUGGGGUCAAGCAGCCAAUGUUGAUCUACCGGUUACUUUCAUGACAGAUCUUUCAAGAGAUCCGCAGCCGACCCUCACCAGCCCUGCCACCGGGCUAAGACAUCGCCGAAAGAACCAACAGCGAAUGUAUCUUGUCUUGUACAUCGAGUUCCUGACCUGGUCCAUCGCGAAAGGUGUUCUGGACUUGGUGGUGUUUGCGGAUGUAAAAUCCCAGGAAGCCACAAAAAGAGGGUCAAGGUUGAUUCUUCCCGGAAAGAGGCGGAUGAAAAAAUGGAUUCGAACUAUGUGGACUUCAACGGACUCGAUAGCAGAUCCCACGAUCACGGGUCGUGAAGGUACUCGAACCAUAGUUCAUCUUGGAGAAGCCUAUAAAAAGCGAAAAGACCCUGAACAUUUGCCAGCUGCCAGCUACCUGGAAAUCAUCGGCGAUCGAAUACGCAGCACGUCACACUUCUUCGCCUCUGAGGAAUCCGCAUUUGGAUUCAGAGCUGUCUGCGCCGUCAUGACUGUGGCAAUCAUCGCCUUUCUCCACGACACUCAAACAUGGUUUCUUCAGCAACGUGGCCUGUGGGCUCUCAUCCUUGUUGCCAUUUCACUGGCUCCGACUACAGGUGCUUCAGUGAUCGGAUUCCUGGGUCGGGUCGUCGGAACAAUAGCAGCAGGUUGCAGCUCGAUUGCCUUGUGGUAUAUCGCAGACGGCAAGGCCGGCGGAGUAAUUCCAGUGCUCUUUAUCGUUGAAUUCCUCGGAUUCUACGCAAUCUUCAAGUAUCCACAGUUUUCUGUCGGUGCCAUCCUGUUCAAUGUCACUAAUCUACUGAUUGUGGGAUAUGAACUAGAAGUUACCGCCCUUGGGAAAGAAACGCUGGCCUCGAAUGGGCAGCCAUAUUAUCCGAUUUAUCUUCUGGCACCCUACAGACUUGCCACUGUCCUGGUCGGAACGUUUGUCGCAUUUAUUUGGUCAUAUUUUCCGUUUCCAAUGACUACUCAUGGUAAACUGCGACGGGACCUGGGAGCAGGGCUUUACCUUCUGGCCACCUACUAUGCCACAGUACACAGUACCGUGGAUAUGCGCCUUCGUGAUGAUGUCUUGGAUCCUCGGAUCAAGAAAAGCCCGGCCUACCGAGUCGAGAAGGCACGAAACAAGGCGUUUGCAAAGACUGGCAUUCAGAUCUCGAAACUAAAGGUCCUCGCUCGUGAAUGGGAGCCCACCAUCGGCGGCCGCUUCCCGAAAGAAACGUACCACGAUAUCAUCGCAUCCAUGGAAACCAUCUUCAACUACAUGACGCUCAUAUCCUAUUCAACGCGAACCUUUUCUCCCUCGUCACCACUGUUCUCCGCGUCUACACAUCCAUCAACUCAUCAUCUUGCUCGCAUUCUCUCGGGCGAAUCUCAAACACAUCCAGACGUCGAGAAACCAUGGAUCAAUAACUUUCGCCUUUUCAUGCGCAGCCUCAACAUAACAACACACGAUAUCACAUCCGUGCUCAGUCUGCUUUCUGCAAGUGUCACCAACGCUCAGCCUCUACCACCCUUUCUAAGAGUGCCGCAUCCAUACAGUCUCGGCCCAGACCUACAUAUCAUCGACCCUGAUGUUCUACGCAUCGAACAUGUUGCUGAGCCUUGCUAUGCCGCCUUUGCCGUUUGCCAAGUUGCCAGCAGUCUGGUAAGCGAGGAGCUGGAGCGACUGAUAGGAAUGGUUAAGAGUCUUGUGGGCGAAGUUGACUUCAGCUUCCACAUUGAACAGAAGCCUGAUCGGGUGACGACUUGGAGGAGCAGGACUGGUACUUUCGGAACUAAGAAUACGAAAGAAAGCGAGAGGCAGAAGAGAAACAACGUGACGAAGCCAAAUGGGAAGGGCAAAGCGGAGUGA